AUGCUCUCAAGCCUUAGCCAGAGAGGGGAGAAGAUAAGUUCCAAUGCUGCUGUUGGACCAUCUGCUGAACCAACAAUCAACGAAGCUGAAGCUGAGGUUGUCCGUCAUAUCCUAACCUCCGGUGAAGCUGUUACAACUGAGGAAGUUGAUGUCAUCCCUCGUGAUGAUGCCAUCCCUCAAGAAGUUGAUGAAGAAGAGGAUGAAGGUGACGAACCUGAUCUUCCAGACUCCAGCAGUGACCUUGAUGGCAAUGACGACGAUGAUGAUGAAGAUGACUUCUCCAUUCAGUUUCAGUAUCCAACAACCGCCACUAAAGGAGUUGCCCUCAGGGAUUUCGCAUCCCAGGGGCAGCAAAAGGAAGAAGAGUCGGCGCCUGAAAAGAACCAGGGUCCUUCAUCGAAAGGCAAAGGAGUCACUGAAGAAGGGAAUCCGAAG